CUAGACACACUUUAUACCCAUACACAUCGAUAUCCUGAUCAUUUUAUUGUCAAUACACGGCCGUCUAACUAUAAGGAUUACAUGACCUGGCGGUUUAAAAAUCGAAACUUAUCAAUGCAUACGGGUUAUGCUGACUUACGAUAUGGCGCCUUCAUCAAAAAAGACAGAGCACAGCAUUUUAUGAGUCUCUGGUCAACUUUGAAUUCGACAACAGUUCUUGGUAUAAAAAUUGGUCGAGGAAGAGAUAACAAAAUUGAAGUACUUCCAUCAAUGAUAGCAGAUAUAUACUUCACUGUGUGGCUAAAUCAAUACCCAUAUUUGGUUUCCAAUCCCUUAUUAUCGGCAAAUAUAGACAGCUUCAGACAUAUAGAUACAUCAGGUCUUCAGAAUAGCACCACAGACGUAUUAGAGCAAUAUGCGCCUUUUACGCUCGCUGGUGUUCCUCCAUCUACUAUAGAAAGAGAUGUUCGAUCAAGCUGUGCUAAUGAUAAAUGCCUAUUUAUUACAAGCAUCAACCAUAUGCCCAAUAUAGAAUAUGAAGAUCAUCCUGAAUUCAUCGUUAAUAAGACCGAUAAUGAACAGCAACAAAUGCCUUUCUUCUCAAACUUAAGCCAUUAUGAAGAAAUAUUUUUUCAACAACCAAACGCAGCUCAUUUAAACCCCAAGCAAAGUAAUAUUUCUUUAACAAAUCAUAUACAGUAUCAUAGAGCAGUGGAUCAGGAUAUUGCAACAUGCUGGACAUCAAUGAAGAACCCACAGGCAGGCGACUAUUUCGGUUUUUAUAUGGCUGGCGAUAUCAAAGGAAGGAGGGUGAUUAUAUAUACACCGACAAAUUCAAUCAAACUGCAGGCGAAGGACGUUGAUAAUUUGAAGGAGAUGUUUGAAGUGACAGUUCAGUUUGUAUUAUUCGGCUCUUGGGAAGAAUGUGACAUUGUUUCAACGAAAAUAAUGUCUCUCUCGCAGGCAACGCCUUCAUUAUCUUUGAUUACCUUCGACUUUCAGUGCCCUUCGAGGAAGAACUUUUACGAGCCAUUCAAAUCCAUCAGAGUGAACUUUAAGCAAGACCUAGAAGAGCCUUUUGAAUUAUGCAGUUUAGGUUUAGAUAACUUCUUAGUAUAA